ACUUUGGAGGAGGCGAGGAAACAACAAGAAAACUUACAGAAACACCUGGAGGAGGCAGAGUAUGCACAGGCACAACUGAUCAUAAAAAUCAUCAGCAUAAUGAAAGAGGUGAGAGAGCUGGACGUCGAUAAGCAACACCAGACAACAUCGACAAGUCAAACCACCACUCUUCAGACUCUGCUUCAGGUCAAAGAAAGGGAAUUAGCCAAAGCUCAGGCUGUAAUAAAUGAGCUGCAGAAGAAACUGUGGAUAAAGAGUAAACAAUGCUUUGGUCUGGAGGAAAGAUAUGAGGAGGUAAAGACCGAAUUUGAACAGAAGAUUGCAGAGCUGAACAGAACCGGAGACUCCAAAGCAGCACUCAUUCUGAACGUGAUAAACCUGCAUGAGGAUCUGAAGACUCUGAGGGACCUGAUCUCCACCACAGAAGACCCAGACAGGAUUUCAGAGCUGAAGAGGCAACUGGAGGAGAAGCAAGAGGAGCUGAUGUCCAAGUCGGCACACAUAGAGAGACUGAUUGCCCAUCCAACAACAAUUUUAACAAUCAUCGAGCUGCAGAAUGAGAUCUGGGACCUUGAGAAAAAGGUGGCAAAUGAGACCACUGGUGGCCGUAUAGAAGAGUUGCAAAACAGGGUGGAUGGUCUGUUAACGGAAAUAGAAGACAGAGACGACGACAACACAAAACUGAUUCUUAUAAUCAUGACGCUGCAGAGUCAGGUGGAGCGGCUAAAGAGACAGUUGUCAGACCAUCAGAUGUUCCAAACCCCCCUGGUAGCACAGCUCACAAAUGAUCUCACAACCAAGAAGAACGAGCUGCAGGAAUACAUCAAUGAGCUGAAUGAGAAGAAUCAGGCAAAUGCCCAACUGAAUUUACAAAGACAGCUGGAACAGAGCCAGGAGGAUGCGGUUCUUCUGCAGCAGCAGCUGGACGAGAAGGAUGCCACCAUCAACAGUUAGAAGAAGAGAGGACGAAGAAUGACAGUAUGUUCAACCCUCUGGCAAUAAGUAGAUUCAUUCAGUAUACUAGGGUCGGUAAAGUAGUAAACGCUCUCCGGAUUCUUGUUGAAAUGUACACAUGUUGCUGUCCUUUCCCAGUGAG